AUGGCUGACGUUACUGACACAACCCACACGCCAGCUACGGUCAAAUUUCAAGCUUCUGAGAAGUCGAAGGAUGCAACAACAACUAAUCAUGAGGUCGCAUCUUCCAGUGGCUCUACCACAAAACCAGCUCGCAAUAUCGAAUUUCAACCACCAAGCAGAUACAUGACGACCCAAAGUCUGGGAGUCGAUGACUACUUUGCUGGACCACGAGAUAUUCAGAAACACUCCAAACUCCCGUUUUUCAUGCGAAUGCAUGGCAGUAUUAUGCCGAAGAUGAUACUGCCACUAGCGUUUGUAUGUGCUUGGGCGACUGCCAUAACCUGUAUCUCCAAGCUUGUGCACGCAUUAGAGGUCGAUACUGUACUUCUUACUGUUUUGGGUUUCGUCGUUGCUUUUGGCCUUUCCUUCAGAUGUUCUACAGCAUAUGAAAGGUACAAUGAUGGACGAAAAUAUUGGUCUCAGUUGACACUUGCCUCUCGCAAUCUAGCCCGCACGAUAUGGAUCAAUGUCGAUGAACGAAAGGAUGCCGAACAUCCAGAGUAUGCCAAACAAGAUUUGCUCGGAAAGGUAUCUGCGAUUCAGCUGAUCAACGCUUUCGCUGUGGCUCUCAAGCAUCGUCUACGAUUCGAACCCGCAGUAGAUUAUCCAGAUCUAAGCAACUUGGUGGUUCACCUUCCUGGUACUAUGGCACAACAUGCUGAUCAGUCCGGACUUCGACAUCGUAAGCCAUCUCCUCUGAAGAGACUUGGCGAACAUCUUGGUGUUACCUUUGCUCAAUCCAACCCUCGAAAGUUGUUGAAAAGAUCACAUCAAAACUUGGGAAAUCUUCCACACGAAAUUUUGGCACAUCUGUACGCCUAUAUCGAGAAAGUAACAACCGACGACGAAACACUGAAGAGCGGUGUCUGCCAGUCAAAUGCUUACAGCGAUAUUCGCAGCUUAGGCGAUGUGCUUACUGGUACUGAACGUGUUCUGAACACACCACUGCCUCUCGCCUACAGCAUUUCCAUCUCACAGAUUACCUGGGCAUAUAUUGUGGUGCUUCCCUUCCAACUCGUCAAACAACUCGACUGGAUCACCAUCCCAGCUACAGCCAUUGCAGCAUAUAUUAUCCUCGGUUUGGCUAUGAUCGGCCGCGAAAUCGAGAACCCCUUCGGCAACGACGUCAACGAUCUUCCGUUAGAACUCUUCUGCACAGAAAUUGCCGCCGACCUUGACGUCCUGACCAGCAUUCCAGCCGAUGAAUACAAGAGCUUUGUCAAAGCAUCUGAAAAUCGACCCCUUUUCCCGCUGAGCUGGGGCACGGCAGCAGAGUGGGAGGCUCAAAGCAUGGAGGAGAUCAGGGAAGCUCUGAGAGCAAAGGCAACUACGAGCUCGAAAGAUAUUGAGUUGGAAAGAGCAAAGUCGAACAAUGCUGAUAUUCAGGCUGUGUAA